AUGACUUCCGAAACUUUCCUCGCCCGUCUGUGCGAGCAGGCCGAGCGCUACGAUGAGAUGGUCUCGUACAUGAAGGAGGUGGCCAAGCUCGGUGGCGAGCUCACCGUCGAUGAGCGUAACCUCCUCAGCGUCGCCUACAAGAAUGUUGUCGGUACCCGUCGUGCCUCGUGGCGCAUCAUCUCGUCGAUUGAGCAGAAGGAGGAGAAUAAGGGCUCCGACAAGCACGUCGCCACCAUCAAGGAGUACCGCGUCAAGAUUGAGGAGGAGCUCGAGAAGGUUUGCGAGGAUGUCCUCAGCGUCCUCGACGAAGCCCUCAUCCCCAACGCCGCCUCCGGCGAGUCCAAGGUUUUCUACCACAAGAUGAAGGGUGACUACCACCGCUACCUCGCCGAGUUCGCCUCUGGCGAGAAGCGCAAGGGCGCUGCCACUGCCGCCCACGAGGCCUACAAGAGCGCUACCGACAUUGCCCAGACCGAGCUCACUCCUACCCACCCCAUCCGUCUCGGUCUUGCCCUCAACUUCUCCGUCUUCUACUACGAGAUCUUGAACUCGCCCGACCGUGCAUGCCACCUCGCUAAGCAGGCCUUUGACGAUGCCAUUGCCGAGCUUGACUCUCUUUCCGAGGAGUCCUACCGCGAUAGCACCCUGAUCAUGCAGCUCCUCCGUGACAACCUGACCCUCUGGACCUCGUCCGACAGCGCCGAGGCUGAGCAGGGCGAGGCCAAGAAAGAGGAGGGUGAGGAGGCUAAGAAGGAGGAGACCGCCGAGGAGGCCAAGCCCGCCGAGGAGGCUGCUGCUCCCGCUUCGUAA